GCGCCUUUACAGCCCCGCGCGAGCACCGGCGCCUCACAAGCCGCUCAGACAGCCCCGACGGCGGACGGAGAACGGAAACGCCUGCCAAGAUGACCCACCAGUACCCCGCGCUGACAGCCGAGCAGAAGAAGGGGCUCUCAGACAUCGCCCAGCGGAUCGUGGCCCCUGGAAAGGGUAUCCUGGCUGCCGAUGAAUCCGUAGGGAGCAUGGCCAAGCGGCUGAACCAGAUCGGGGUGGAGAACACGGAGGAGAACCGCCGCCUCUACCGCCAGAUCCUCUUCAGCGCCGACAGCCGGGUGAAGAAAUGCAUCGGGGGGGUCAUCUUCUUCCACGAGACCCUCUACCAGAAGGCGGACGACGGCACGCCCUUCGUGGACCUGAUCAAGGACAAGGGCAUCGUGGUCGGCAUUAAGGUGGACAAAGGGGUGGUGCCCCUGGCCGGCACGGAUGGAGAGACCACCACCCAAGGGCUGGAUGGUCUGGCAGAGCGCUGUGCCCAGUACAAGAAGGAUGGCGCAGACUUUGCCAAGUGGCGCUGCGUGCUGAAGAUCAGCGACAACACCCCCUCUGCCUUGGCCAUCCUGGAGAACGCCAACGUGCUUGCCCGCUAUGCCAGCAUCUGCCAGCAGAACGGCAUCGUGCCCAUUGUGGAGCCGGAGAUCCUGCCCGACGGGGAACACGACCUGAAGCGAUGCCAGUAUGUCACCGAGAAGGUUGGGCACUCAGUGCCAGAAACCUUUGCCAUCAUUGUGCUGGAGCCUGUGGCCUUCAACUUCCAGAGUUCUGGGAAUCCUCCAAGUUGA